CGCUCUUCCUGGGCUGGUGUCGCACUUUUUCUCUUCCCCCCGGGCUUCUGACUCGUUUUCUUCCCAUGGGGACGGCGUAUCGUGUGGCCAAGGGGCUGCUGGCCGUGGUGGGGUGGACAGGCUUGGGGGUCGGGCUCUGGUUCGCCGUGGCUCCGGACGAAACCCGCAGGAAGGAGAUGGCCAAGGAUCACCCGGGAUCGAGUCCUGAGCAGCGGACGGAGAGGCAGCAACGCAACGCGCUUGUGAUGGCCGUCAUCAAAGAGGCCGCCGAGACCGACGAGAACGUGGCCAAGAAACAGUGGCCAUGGGUCAAGUAGGACCUCCGAUCUCGCCUCGGACUUUGAAAAGAUCUCUAUGUAAUGCUAGGUUUGGCAGAAGCUGGGGCUAACAGCCAGAGCUCACUACGCACCCUGACGUCGCGCGAUUCGGCUCUGGCGCUAGCGGAGAAAGUCAUGCCGUUGAUUUGAUUUUAUAUUGUAAUGCGCCUGUGCGUGUUGCUAAGGCUAUGUGUAAAACAACGAGUGAUUAAAAUACGACUGAAUACUA